AUGUCUAUGUUCGGAACCAUUAGUGAAAGAGUUGAGAAUGAUCAGAGAACAUCAACUGUAAAACAUAAGCAUAUACUCAAAUUAAUUAUUGAGAACUCUAGUAUACAUCCUUUAGCUCGUUCGGUCUUCGAGAGUGCAUACAGAGGAUUUGAUUUGUCGCGACAAGAUGUUCAGUUGUUCAGAGAACUUCAUGGACGGCGUGACGACUUCUUUGCAAAUUUUUAUCCUGAAUUAAGUAGAAUAGUUAUUGAGUCACCUGAAGCUUUCCGUCUUGUUGGAGAUGUUAUUCGAUCGAGGCGCCCUAUUGAUAGAUUAAAUGCUGCUGAAACAGAGGAGAGAUCGCACACGUGCAUGAUUGCGAGUAAUUAUCUGCCCGUGCUUCCUGCUGGAAUAGAUAUGGUACGUUUUACUAUACAAGAUGCAAGGUUAGCUGAGAACAAUCUUGGUUUAUUGAGCGCUUUAUAUGGACAUCCUGGCAAGGUCGCCACUCUGUAA